UGCAGACAGCGAUGCAGUGGUCGGUUGAGGCGUUUGGAGAUCUCACAAUACGCACGAGAAGUUAGGAGCAGAAGCGCGCGCUGGAUAUAUUUUACUUUAGUGAACUACCUGUCACCGUGCGUACUUAACGAGUGCGGUCCUGAAAGGAAAUUUAACUCUUUGGUUAUACAUUCCUUUACUGUGCGUAGGAGAGGGCGCGUCACGGGAACGCGUUUUGGAUAUCCUUUUAAAACACCAGGCACAAGCCGAACAUUAUGAGGUGCAGCCAUGUCAGGCAAGAGUAAGACUGCGGCGAGGACGCUGGAGGAUUUAACCCUCGAUUCCGGUUAUGGUGGCGCGGCGGAUUCCUUCAGGUCGUCCAGCGUGUCACUCUGUUGCUCCGACACGCAUUUGUCAUAUGCGCAUGGGGGCAAUUGCUGGCAUCUGACCGAAUCCAUGCACAGCAGACACAACAGUUUGGACACGGUCAACACCGUCCUGGCGGAAGACACGGAAAUCCUAGAGUGCUCGGGCCAGUGCGCCAAACUGCCCGAGCUGGAGGAGGACGUGCCGUGGACUCUCGGAGAGGUGGAAGUCGCGUUGCGCAAAGACGAGGAGUUGUGCGUGGGGAACGCGUCGCGGGAGAUCCUGGCCAAGCUUUCCGCUUUGGUCAGCCGUGCGCUGGUGCGGAUCGCCAGGGAAGCUCAGCGCUUGAGUCUACGCUACGCCAGGUGCACCAAACACGAGAUGCAGAGCGCGAUCAAGAUGGUCCUCUCGUGGACCAUCUCCGUGAACUCCAUCACCGCGGCGCUCAGCGCGCUCUCGCUUUACAACAUGAACACCGGCGAUAAGUUCAGCCGGGGGAAGUCUGUCCGAUGCGGGCUUGUGUUCUCCGUGGGGAAGUUCUUCAGGUGGAUGGUGGAUAGCCGGGUGGCCCUGCGCAUCCACGAGCACGCGGCAAUUUACCUUUGCGCAUGCAUGGAGAGCCUCUUCAGAGAGGUGUUCGGCCGCGUGCAGAGGAGCGCGCAGGUUGAGAAGGAGAACGGAGUGCCAAAGUUUACCUUGGAGUCACUGGAGCAGGCCAUCAAUAAUGAUUCAGAGCUGUGGGGUCUUUUGCAGCCGUACCAGCACCUGAUUUGUGGCAAGAAUGCAAGCGGUGCAUUGAGUCUGCCGGACAGCCUGAACCUGCACCGUGACCAACAGCGUGCAGGUAAAACUGGAGAGGGCCACGCAUAUAGCCAGGCGGAACUCCGUACCAUUGAACAAUCCCUUCUGGCCACUCGCGUUGGGAGCAUCGCUGAACUUAGUGAACUGGUGUCUCGCGCCAUGCAUCACCUUCAGCCUCUUCACAUCAUGAACCCCAGCAAUGGUACACCAGUACACCAGAACCGCACUGGGAUGGUACACUGGGAACCGGAGGCCCUCUACACGCUCUGCUACUUCAUGCACUGUCCUCAGAUGGAGUGGGAAAACCCAAAUGUAGAACCAUCAAAAAUCACCCUGCAUACUGAGAGGCCGUUUCUGGUGCUGCCUCCUCUGAUGGAGUGGAUCAGGGUGGCCGUUGCGCACACAGAGCAUCGCCGAAGCUACUCGGUAGACAGCGAUGACGUGCGACAGGCGGCUCGACUGCUGUUACCCGGGGUGGAUUGCGAGCCACGACAGCUGAAGGCGGACGACUGCUUCUGUGCCACACGGAAACUGGACGCCGCCUCCACAGAGGCAAAAUUCCUCCAGGAUCUCGGUUUCCGGAUGCUCAACUGCGGACGGACCGACCUGGUCAAACAAGCAGUCAACCUGCUCGGACCAGAUGGUAUUAACAGUAUGAGCGAACAGGGCAUGACCCCUCUCAUGUACGCGUGCGUCCGUGGGGACGAGGCCAUGGUGCAGAUGUUGCUGGAUGCUGGAGCUGACAUUAACAGUGAGGUGCCCAGCUCACUACACAAGCACCCGUCAGUUUAUCCUGACACCAGGCAGGGGACGCCACUAACGUUCGCCGUGUUGCACGGACACGUGCCUAUCGUGCAGCUCUUACUAGAUGCCCGAGCUAAUGCAGAAGGAGCGAUUCAGGACGGCGCUGAAAAUUAUACAGAGACUCCUCUACAGCUGGCAUCUGCGGCAGGCAAUUUUGAGCUGGUCAGUCUGCUUUUGGAAAGAGGCGCAGAUCCUUUGAUCGGCACCACUUAUCGUAAUGGGAUCUCUUCCGGUCCAUUGGGCGAAAUGAACUCGUACAGUUUGGCGGCAGCACAUGGACACAGGAAUGUGUUCCGGAAACUUCUGUCCCAAGUGGAAAAGGACAAAGCCGACGUGCUGUCUCUUGAGGAGAUCCUAGCCGAGGGCUCGGAGGCCAAAGAGAGGAGAGCACCACAUUCGGAAGCCACCCUCCGGACAGGCAAGGCCAAACUAAGGGCCCUCCGCGAGGCCAUGUACCACAGUGCCGAACACGGCCACGUGGACAUUACCAUAGACAUCCGCAGCCUGGGCGUGCCCUGGACCCUUCACACGUGGCUGGAGUCCCUGCGAACGUGUUUCGUGCAACAGCGCCGGCCACUGAUCCAGGGUCUGUUGAAAGACUUCAGCUGCAUUAAAGAAGACGAGUACACAGAGGAGCUCAUCACACACGGUCUGCCGCUGAUGUUCCAGAUCCUACGUGCCAGCAAGGUGCAUCUGCCAGAAGAUAAUGAAGUGAUCGGCCAGCAACUGGCUGUAAUCUUCACUCAGUGCUACGGGCCUUUCCCAAUCCCCAAACUAACGGAGAUCAAAAGAAAGCAGACGUCUCGUCUGGAUCCACACUUUCUCAAUAAUAAAGAGAUGUCCGAUGUGACGUUUCUAGUGGAGGGAAAACCCUUUUAUGCCCAUAAAGUGCUGCUCUUCACUGCUUCACAGAGGUUUAAGUCUUUGCUCUCUAACAGACCGGCCGCUGAGAACACAUGCAUCGAGAUCAGUCACGUCAAAUACAUAAUCUUUCAGUUGGUAAUGCAAUACCUUUACUGCGGGGGUACAGAGUCACUUCACAUCAGAAACACUGAAAUUAUGGAGCUCCUGUCUGCAGCCAAGUUCUUCCAGCUCGAGGCUCUCCAAAGACACUGUGAAAUCAUCUGCUCCAAGAACAUCACCACCGACACCUGCGUGGACAUCUACAAACAUGCCAAGUUCCUAGGGGCCUUGGAGUUGUCAGCCUUCAUCGAGGGUUAUUUCUUGAAGAACAUGGUGCUCCUGAUUGAGCUGGAAAACUUUAAGCAGCUACUUUACGAGGUCCCCGCCGAGAGCCCCGGUCCGGGUCCCGCUUACGAUGUCCUCCACGACCUCGAGAGAACCCUGGCCUUGAGGAUCCGCUCCAUCCAUCUCUCCACCUCUAAGGGCUCCAUCGUCUGACACUUUAACCAAAUACACACAAGAUUUCAUUCACCACGAGAGAGCUUUGUUAUCGCGUGCCACUUUCCCACAACUGGCCGAAGACCGACAUGAUUAGGAACCUGAUAGGAUUGAUUUGUAUUCCACAGGCUAACAUCUUCACAACGUUGCGGAAACGUCAGCCUGCUGAACUCGUACCAAGGGCUACGUUACGUGACAUUCACCAAACAUCUUAGCAAUGCCGCAUUUGACCAGCAUUAGCGUCCAGGGGAUGUCAUCACUGCCUCGGUCAUGCAUGCGGUCAGAUGGACACCGUCUACGCCAAUGGUCGCCAUGCUACCCACUGUGCACAGAGCUUACCGUGAACAGAUUUAGUAGACAUAUUUUUAGCAACACAGUGAUAUUCGUCUACGUAAUAUUGUUAGCCUGCCCUGAAUCUCUCCAAAUACUAAGCAAAUGAUGCAUGUGGUUAUAAACAACCAUUACUGUAAGUUUCCCCGAGCCAUUUGUGUUAAACAAAGCUCCUUGGCAACAUUUUCAGGUGUAGAGUUUUAAAAAGUGGAAGUGUUUUAUAUACUUCACAUCCAACUACUACAGUUUUUAGUAUUUGUGUGUAAUAAUGCCAGCUGUUUAAAUCUAAGCACUUGUUCUUGAUGUCAACGCUUUGCCGGAUGUAAGAAAUCACAGGAUACGGUCGAUCUUUUGUACAAUGAUUCCAAUGCUAGGCUUUGUUUUCUUUCCUAUGUUGUUUUUAGCUGACACCUCCUCUCCAGAAUGUCCAUUGUUUUCUCCUGGAUCCGGGCUAAGCGUCUCCAUUCGUUUCAUCCCACAAGUUUUAAUGACCCCUUAAUACCACCACUGUGCUUGGUACACUCGAAACUGAGCGGUUCAUUUUUGCCUUGAGGUCGCUAAACUAAUGAUCUAUGUGAAUCAUUUGCAUGGGUCCUCCGCAAGUUUUGUAAAAAAACAACAAAUAACUUCAAGGGAGCUAAUUUUCUUUAGUGGAUGCAGAACUAUUUACUCUUAAUGACAUUUACGCAGGACUCCAAGUUCUUUAAAGUCUUCGUUGCUCGAGUCUGUCUAAUAGUAUGCCGAGACGCCAUUGCACUGGUCGCUACCUUCGUGACCCAAUGUACAUAUCCCCCCCAGUCUUCACCUGCUGCACUGCUUUCGUUCAAUGUGAAGCCAGCUCUAAAACAAGACGCAUUUCUGCCAAGAUGCAUGUUAAGGUUUUCCUGUGUUUGUCCGUGUCCUCUGGAAUGUUCGGAAGAUCAAAGCUGUACUGGAAUGCAGCGUUACCAGCAAAAGAUUUAUGACCACACUCGAAAAUAUAACGGGUUGGUUUAACCCAUGGUUGGACAGAACCAAGUCUUGGGUUAGAAAUAAACCUAUGCUAGGUUCUUUAUAACCCAGGAUUUUGUUCUUUCCAAUAUUGACCCAACCAUGGGUUAAACCCAGGGGUUUUUAAACUUUAUGAUGGCAAAGACCCCAAAUAUGAUGAACCUUUUGCAAGGGACCCCCUUUCUAAAAUAUAUAUCCAUUUAUAUAUAAAUUAUAUAUUUUUUCCUCUGAAAUAAUUUGGGGACCCCCUUGGACCACUUGGACCAACUCAAUAUAUGUAAUAUUAUAAUAUAACUUUUGGCUUUCGUAAAUAUUUCAAAUAGUUUUGUUUUCCAGUUUUGGAAUAUUAAUCCAAACACAUGAAAAGUAUAUGAUUCACUAUUUAUAAAAACGCACCUUGUGCUGGUAUUGCUGUCCAAUACAGUUUAGAUUCUGGUAUGCAUUGUAUAAUUUAUAUUUUAUGUACAGUAGAGCAAAGAUAAAACUUUAUCUUAAUGUGAAAUAAAAGGUCGGUUAUGUCAUGACAAAAUUUACAAUUUAAAUGAAUAGUUUAUUGAUAUGUAGCUAACUAUGGAGUUAUAUCAUGAUGCAAAUAAUUUAAAACUGUGAAGAUACAUUUAUUUUAAAGAACUUAGCAUAAUUACUUUAUUUUCUUACAAAGUACAUUUAUUGUCAAAUCCCUGUCUGCUAUUUUGUGUAACAGAGACGAAAUAAGUCAUAAUGUGUCGUAUCACUUUGACUUCGCUCUGUGUCGUUGCUUUAACACAGACCGAGGUUAUUUUUGUCAUUUGGAAGUCCAGACCCCAUUAGUCUUUGGAAAAAGUAAUUCUUGGUAAAGCCCAAAUCGAUUUGUGUUCCCCAUGACUGUGUUUUUUUUAAAAGCAAUACUUCACACGUGUACCACAUCUGACCCUUGUUAGUUUUACACAGCAUGGAUCGAGCUCCGUGUAGGCCAAAUGUAAAGUUAUGUCAAUGUAUCUGUAAAACAACUCCAAAACUCGCUCUGUGUUUCCCGGCUUUAGCUUUUCUGCUUCAGGCUGUUAAACAUGCUUUAAAACUCUUCGGUCUCCACUAAUGCACAUCUUAUGACAUCUCUAUUAGACAAAACCUGCAUGCUUUGGCUGGAUCAGAGUCUAAAGGAAUUUGUUUGUGAUUAUUAUUUCACUUUAUUAAAACAUUGUACAAACGAUAUAUAGAGAAACAUCUGCAGAACUUGAUGUAAAUAUAAGGGACGUUUAACAGUUUUAAAAAGAUACAAGAAUGUUAUACUUGUGCUAAAGUACAGUCGUGCGAUGACAUGCAUCUGUGUACAGCCAAUAGAAAUGACCACAUUUGACCACUGUGUUGGGUCGUCAUUAAAAUUUCUGUGAUACGCUG